AUGGCAUCUGCUUUUCCAACCUCUGAUUUUCCUCCGCUUGGUUCUUCAGCUGGAGGGAAGGCUCCCAUCGUCCCGAGAGAUUGGUCUAAUGUUUUUGCUCCUGCAAAAGACUCUCCCAAAGCUUUUAAUUUUUCUCACUUUCCUGAGGAGCCUGAAGUCAUUCCUUUUUCUGGGGAAAAGCUUCUUCAGGGGGGUGAAGACUGGAAGCUAUGUCUGGUUGGCUACUCGAUAGGAAGGAGACCUUACUACGAAGCUUUACUUGGGGCCAUUAAGAAGACCUGGAAGUUGAUAGGCUCGGUGCAGCUCCUCUCCUUAAGUGACGGUUUUUUUCUUCUACGCUUUUCUUGCAAUGAAGAUCUGGAAAUGGCGUGGUCCAGAGGUGUUUGGUUCCUGUUGGGUAAGCCAUUCGUUUUGCAGAAAUGGCAUCCCAAGUUCAAACCUUUGAAAGAAGAUUUCAAGACUGUUCCCAUCUGGGUCAAAAUCCAUGAUUUACCGCUUGCAUGCUGGAAUUCCGAAGGGAUUUCUAGGAUUGCAAGUAAGAUUGGGGUGCCUAUUGCUGCCGACAGCCUAACAGAACAGAAAUCUCGCCUCACUUUUGCCCGUGUCUGCGUUCUUGUGGAUUGCUCGGCGACCUACCCGGAGGAGAUUAAAGUUUCUCUUGAUGGGGAUGUUGUGUGCUUGAAGGUACAAUACGAAUGGAGACCUUUUCCCUGCUCUCACUGUAAGUCUCUAAUGCACUUCUCUUCCUCUUGUCCGUCUAAGCCUGAAGUGGUUUUAAAUGAGGAAAAUGUGGAGAAACGCGGCAGAAGCUUUAGUAGGAGGCCCCAUAAUCGCAAGCAGUCCAAAAAUCAACAGCCUGUUAAUCUUCCUGCUGAGCAGGAAACUUCUUCUCCUCCUCCGAAAGUUUCUAAUGGUGGCUCUUUUACUGAUCAGGGGGUUUCUAGUGUGCUUGGUAAAGAUUUACAUUACCAGCCUCACUCUCCGCCUCCUUUCAAAGUAGUAACCUCUUCCACUGAUCUUACCCUGGUUCCUAAUGCUGUUGCGUCUCAGUCUGUUUUGGUGGGAGUUGGGGUUGGGAUCCCUAAUCUUAACUCUCCCAAUAAUGCAACCUCUUCCUCCACUAGCUCACUCCCUCUCAUCAAUAACCCUGCUCCUAAAGUUACUGUAUCGCCUAACAGAUUUGAUGCUUUAAACUUAGAGGAAGACUCUCAGUCGCAAACUUAUGUUAAUGAAGAGUAUGAGGAUAUCUCUGUCCCUGAUAAGGCUGAUGGCGGAGGGGAUCUCCAGCAUUAUGUGAGCAAUAAGCCACAAUCCAAACAGUCCAGUCCUGCUUCUAAAAAAACUGCUAAGGGCUCUUCAUUUUCCCCUUUUCAACUCACUGCUGUGUAUGCUUCCAACAGUAGUCAGGAACGUAAAGCUUUGUGGAACGACAUUGGUCUGGCUGCCCCUGCUUCUCAUAUGUCGUGGGCUAUUAUUGGUGAUUUCAAUUGUUGUAGGUACACUUCUGAGAAGCUGGGUGGUUCUGAUAUUAAUCAGGCGGCUCUGUUUGAUUUCAAUUCCAUGAUCUUUAAUAAUUGUCUUUUGGACCUGCAAUCGAUUGGGUGUAAAUUCACGUGGCACAAUCAACGUCAGGACAAUCCAAUUCAUAUCAAACUUGAUAGAGUCUUGGUUAAUGACUCCUGGUUGAAUUCCUAUCCAGACUCCUUCUGCUCUUUUCAGAGUCCUUCUUGCUCUGACCAUUCCCCGAUUCUUUUACUGUCUGGAUCUCAUAAUCAGUCAAGGCAUAGGUUUCUCUUCAAGAACUAUUGGACCAAGAUUGAUGAAUACUGGUCUCUCCUUGCUGAGUUCCUUCUCCUGCCGCUUUCGGGUAACCCUUUGGCUAAUUUUUGCAAUUCUCUGAGAAGUCUUAAACAGAAAAUUAAAGCUCAGAAGUGGGCUUCUUCCUCUUGUGUUACUAGACACAUUGAUUUCCUUCAUGCUACUCAACAAUCUCUGUUGGAUUCUCUCCAUGCUGAUCCUUCCAGCUCUUCUCUGAAUCAAGCUUAUAAAGAGAACAAUGCCAAGUUAGCUGAAUUUAUGUCUUUGCAAGCUUCCUGGAUCAUUCAAAGAGCCAAGGUUAACUGGUUGAAAUAUGGUGAAGAUGAUCUUAAAUUCCUCUAUGCUAAAAUUAGGAUUAGAAUGGGGAGUAAGAAAUCGGUUAUUAAUCUGUUCAACCAUAAUUCUCAAACUUCUAAAGAGGAAGUUACUGCUACCAUCAUUAAUUACUAUCAAGAUCUUUAUAAUCCCAUUCCCCCUUGCAAUAGAGAUAUGGCUAUUUUCCCUGUGGGGACUGCUUUGGCUGCUGACCAAGCUCAUUCUCUUAUUUCUUUUGUGACGGAUGGUGAAAUUAAAGCUGCUGUUUUCUCUGGCUCUUCUAAGUCUGCCCCUGGCCCUGAUGGUAUUAACUUUCAUUUCUAUAAAUCUGGUUGGCACCUCCUUGGUCCCUAUGUCUGUAGGGCUAUCAGAUCUUUUUUCAUUAAAGGUUAUCUCCCAAAAGGUGUUAAGGCUACUGCUCUUGCCAUUGUUCCUAAGAAGAAAAAUGCUUCUAAUAUUUCUGAUUAUAGACCGAUUGCAUUGUGUAACGUGCUUUAUAAAAUCAUUGCCAAAACUAUGGCUACUAGAAUCAAGCCGUUCAUGUAUUUGAUUGUUAAAGAUAACCAAGCUGGGUUUGUGAAUUCUAGGGUGUCUACGGACAACAUUCUUCUUGCAAAUGAUAUUCUUUUUCAUGCUGGUAAAAGAGGUGGGGAUAAAAUUUUCUGUGCUAAGUUGGAUAUCAAGAAAGCUUUUGAUUCCGUCUCCAGGGAUUUUCUUCUUGCUAGACUUAAUCAGAAAGGUUUUCCGUCUACCUAUACUAAUUGGGUUAAGGCUUGUGUCUCUGAUGUCAAUUUCUCAAUUGUCUUGAAUGGGGCACUUGAAGGUUUCUUUCCUUCUUCGGCUGGUUUGAGGCAGGGGUGUCCUCUUAGCCCUUACCUUUUCUGUAUUGUCAUGGACGCCUUCUCUAACUUGCUGGAUGGUAGAGGCUUUAAAGGUAUCUCUAAUGGUAAUUACAAACUCUCACAUCUCUUGUAUGCUGAUGAUGUCUUAAUUUUUGGUGAGGCUACAAAUGAGAACUGCCAAAUACUUGUCUCUGUCAUUAAUGAUUUUGCUAACUCCUCUGGACUUGUAAUUAAUCAUGAUAAAUCCUAUAUUAUGUUCCCUAAGCAUGUGAGUAAUCAGCUGGAGGUGUGCCAAUUGCUUUCCAUUCAUAAUAUUGUUUCCAAGAUUACCUACUUGGGGAUUCCUCUCUCCUUCUAUAGGCUCAAAGUUGCUGAUUUCUUGCCCCUGUUGGAUAGUAUUAACAAAAAACUUAAUGGCUGGAAAGCUAACCUCCUUUCUCUUGCGGGCAGACUUCAAUACCUCAAGUUCACUAUUCAAAAUACUAUAGCCUACUGGAUUAGGGGGUCGAUAAUACCUAAAACUGUGCACAAGGUAUUCAAGAAAGUAUGUUCUAGAUUCUUGUUUUUUGGCAACUCCAAUACUGAUAAGAAGCUCCAUAUGGUUUCUUGGGAUAAAAUUUGUUUACCCAAAGAAAAAGGAGGUUUGGGGAUUUAUUCUAUUAAAGCUAUGCAGUUUGCAUUCAACUGUUCUGUUAUUUUAAAAAUGUACAAUUCUGUUUCUCCCCUAGCUUGUUGGCUGUUAGCUAAAUAUAGUUCUCCUUGGAAGCCCCAUCACUUUUCUGCUUCAAAAUUGUGGAAAUCGAUUUGUUGCACUGCUGGAAAUGUUAAAUCCCUCUUUCAGUUUAGAAUUUACAAUAAUUCCCCUAUAUCUCUUAAGUGGGAUCACUGGUGCUUUAACUCUACGUUGGGGAAUUUUUGUGGUAUGGUGGAUAAUUUCGGGUUACCUGACAUCAUGUUGAAAAAUAUUAUCUCUAUGCAUGGUUGGGAUUAUUCUGGGGUAAUUCCUUCCUUAUAUCAUCAGACCCUGUCUCAAAUUAAUAUUGAGGAGGGUGAGGGGCCUAGUUUGCUAUGGAAGGAAAAGAACUGCUUUCAUUUUAAGCUUUUUAUCAAGGAAUUUUACUCUGAUUAUAAUGAUUGCUCUUGGGCUAAAUUGGUUUGGCAUAAAAAGUAUGUUCUUAAACAUGCUGUAUUUGUUUGGUUGGCCUUACGGGAUGGCCUGAAGACGGCUGAUGCGCUAAGAAUGAGGCAUAUUCUGGUUCCUAAAACCUGUAGCCUAUGCCAUACCUGUGAUGAAUCUACUGCUCAUAUCUUCUUUGAAUGUUCUUUCUCAUUUUCCAUUCUAAGAAGCUUAAUUCCUGGGGUGGAAAUUUUUCUUCUCAGACCGACCAUAUUGCAAUUAUAUGACUGGAUAAAAGUUAAAUUUUGUGCUAACGUGACUGAUUUGAACUUCUAUAAGUUGGCGGUUCUUUUUGGUCCCCUGUCCCUUCGUUUUGCCUGGGGUUAUGGGGGACUGGACGAUGAUGAUGCUCCCCAAUGUGUGUUCCUUGGAGGGGUUUUGCUCGGUCUGGAUUUUGGUGCCUCCCAGCUGCUCAACUCUGUUAUCAUCUUCGUCUGUGGUGGCUAUUUGCUGUUUUUGGCUGCUAGCAGGGUUCGGCUCUGCUCCAUGGUGCUUUCCGCCACCUCCAGCGUCGACGACACCAGGUCGUCGCUCACCGGCAACACCGAUCCUGUCAUCUCCUCUACACCAUCUCCAGGGAAAUUUAGAUUCAUUAAACGUGAUGUGUCUAGAGAACGUGAUCCGAUUGGUCAAGGGAUCAAGACAUUUGUAUCCUUUAUACUUGUCAUUGUAACCAAGAAACACGUGAGGCUUGGACUUGGGCUGAAGUUUGUGACGAGAUUGAGGUGGGGAAAGAGGAUAGCAUUCGCAGCCAAAGAUCCUUAG